AUGAAUCACACAGCCGACGAACCACCCCCUCGCGACCCUGACUUCUGGGUUCCCGGUACAAUUGCCCUCAAAGAUUUACAUCGUCCCACUGACGAAGUAAUCCUACAUCCCGUCCCAACCACCAACCCCAACGACCCUCUCAAUUGGGCAUCAUGGCGCAAAAAUAUUAAUUUCGCCCUCGUCUCCUUCUACGUGCUUCUGACCUUUGUCCAGUUGGACAUUGGUUUCACAGCCUGGGAGCAGUACCAAGACGAACUAGGUUUCUCAAUUGAUCUCCUGAACGCCGGCGCAGCCAUCAACUACGGCGGCCUGGCUAUCGGCUGCAUCUUCUUUGUGCCUCUCGUCCACAAGUUUGGACGGCGACCACUAUACAUCUUCAGCACAGUCCUGCAGCUUGUAUCUUGCGUGUGGUAUGCUGUGACGGAGACGAAAGGCGACUUUAUCGGCAGCAACCUCCUCUCCGGUCUCGGCGGCGCCAUCAGCGAGACUAUUGUGCAAAUCACCAUUGCGGACUUGUUCUUCGUGCAUCACCAUGCUCUCAUGAACGGUUAUUACCUGUUCUUCACCUUUACCGGUGCCUACCUUGGCCCCGUGGCAUCAGGGUACAUCGUCGAUAGCCAAGGAUGGCGAUGGAUGUGGUGGUGGUGCGUCAUUUUGUUUGGCAUCAACUUGGUCUUGAUUCUUUUUCUUUUCGAGGAGUCCAAGUUUGUCAAUAAUAUUAGCACCGGAAUCGACGUUGAGCCGAUUCGAUCUCAGUCGGUUGGGGAUGAGAAGCACUCUGAGGCAGAGGCCGCUGAUCACGUAGAAUGGAAUAGGUCGGUUAUCCAGGUCGACCACUCUAUUCCCCUCAACAGCUACCGCCAGCGCAUGGCGUGGGUCACAAACAGCAAGACGGACUUGUUGCACGAUCUCUAUCAGCCUGUGGUGCUGCUCUUUACCUUCCCUGCCAUCACAUAUACUGCCCUCACAUUUGGUAGUCUCCUGGCCUGGUUUGCCAUUCUGACCUCUGUGCAAGCAACUUACAUGUUUGAUGCUCCGUACAACUUCUCGGCUGCCGGCGUCGGUCUGAUGAAUCUCGCGCCCUUUAUAGGUAGCAUUCCUGGUAUUUUCCUCGGUGGAUGGAUGAACGACAAGUCUAUUUUGUGGUUGGCGCGCCGGAACGAUGGCAUCUACGAGCCAGAAAUGCGUCUUUGGCUUGCGCUGCCAAUGUCACUCGUAACUCCCGCCGGUAUCCUUAUGUGCGGCGUUGGAUUGGCCUAUGGCCUGCCCUGGCCACUUGUUGCCGUCGGCUACGGCAUUUUUGGUUUCGGGCUCGUUGUCGCAGGCGACAUUGCGCUUUCCUACGCCAUGGACUGCUACCAUGAUAUUAUUGGAAAUGCCCUUGUUGGCGUCAUCUUCACACGAAAUGCGUUUUCUGUGGUUGUGCUGUUCGCCCUGACUCCAUGGAUCACCGGCAUGGGGCUACGUAAUGUGCAUAUUCUUGUAUCUGUUCUUUGUUUCACAAUUCUGCUUAUACCUCUUGUAUUGCUCCGUUGGGGCAAGAAAUUCAGGGCUGCGUCUGCCAAAGCCUACAAGAAUUACGCUAGCAGGCAGCCGACAACUCGCGACGUCUGA